AUGGGAGGUGGACUUCUCUUCGUUGGGAUCGCCUGUUUGCUGUUUGUUUCAGACCUACCCGCCGAUGACUGUAUGGAAGGAGAUGGGACAUCCUACCGAGGGACAGUCUCUGUUACCGUAACUGGCACGACGUGUCAGCGCUGGGACAGUCAGACACCGCACGACCACCACCGGACAGCCGAGAACUAUCCGUCAUCCGGACUGGAGCAGAACUACUGCCGGAAUCCGGAUGCCGAGCCCACAGUUUGGUGCUACACCACGGAUCCGGACACGAGAUGGGGUUAUUGUCAUGUGCCGUUCUGCGAAUGCGUUCGUGGGGAGUUCGUCUGUAGAGAGCUGCACAUCUGUCUACCGUACUGGAAGCGUUGUAACGGGAUCGCAGACUGCCCGGGCGGCACUGACGAGGAGGGAUGCGUGUGUCUACAAAUCCCGGAGGUUUUCCCGCUCGACAGCAGGCUCACAAUGUUACCCAACCCGCUGAACCAGACGACUUUCGACGAGAUCCGAAAUUCCCCCGUCAUGGAACUUUUCAACAGUUCCUACAACAUUCCGGGGAGACACCAUCCGGAGUGGCGAGAAUUCGUCUCUUCCAUCAUCUUCCCAAGAUGCAACGAGGAGGACAUGUCCCACUGUCCUUUGCGUGCGUCUUCAAACGCUUCGACUUCGUGCGUGGGUACCCAGCUGCUGCCGUGCCGUUCCUGGUGUGAAGAAGUGUUCAGUAUGACUGGUGACCUGAUGAAGGACUUGCUGCCUCCUUGUGACGUGUUCCCAUCAUCACAAGACGGCUGUUGGAACACUGAACCUGCUGUGAAGCGCACAGAAGUUUGCUACCAUGGUAUUGGCAUCAACUACCGUGGAACAUGGAGUCAGACUACAUCCGGAGCAACCUGUCUUGAGUGGUCAGCUUCCCAAGAUUACCACUACACCUGGGCUAACCUGGACAACAACUACUGUCGCAACCCCACCGGUCUCCAGCGGCCAUUCUGUCUGACUGAAGACGGUAGCCAGGAGGAAUGUGACGUCAUUCCGUGCAAUUUUGUUGGCUGCUGGGACAGAGGUCCUCCAAACUACGGCAAGAGAACGCCAAGUAAGAGGUUCUACUUCCUGGAAGAAAGAGUGCGGUACGCGUGCAACGAUGGCUACACGCUGGAGUACGGCUCUCCCAGAGAAGUGAGAUGCCUGGAAGGGAACGAAGGAGGAAUCUGGGAAUAUGACAAGCCCGUUUGUUCAGUGCAUUAUAAACAAAGGCUGCAAAACGAGCUUCUGGAAAUCUACACUGCAAGUCUGGCACCUGAGAAUGUCAUCAUCAACUUUACUGGCAAGGUGGAACAAAUCGUCGACUUGGAUGAAAAGAAGGAGCAGCUUCUUGCAUUUCUGAUCAUCGAUUUCACAUGGUACGACAGCCGGCUGAAAUGGACCCCAAAGUACUACGGUGGCGUCGAGACGUUGAGCGUUCCCGGUAGCAAUAUUUGGACUCCAGCAUUUACUCUGAAGAGAAAUGCUAACCCCCUCUACCAAGGCCUACCGAAGGACAUGCCGGUCGUAGUGAGCAGCAGCGGCCUGGUACACUGGAGAGUGGAAACUCUGACCACCACCGUGUGUGAUGCUGACCCCUUCCUGUUUCCUGCGGACACCAUGGAUUGCAACGUCUGUUUUUCCGCAACUUCAGCAGUCGAGCAAACCAUUCAAUGCCACGGGAAAAGCUCAACAUCAGAUGAACAAGUGGAAAACGAUCUAUGUGACUCUCCUCAACAUGUAUCAUCGGAGGACGAGUGGUACCGGAGGGACAAGAUUUUCUCAGCAGGCGGCAGGGAAGCCUGCCUGUCUCUCCAACUGUCGAGGAUCCCCACGUUCCACAUCGCCACUACUGUUGCCCCCUGCAUCAUCCUGAUCGUGCUGAUGACCAUCACCUUCAUCAUGCCCAUAGACAAGGGAGACCGAAUCUCGUUCGGAGUGACCAUCCAGCUGUCCAUGGUCGUGUCUCUGGUGUUUGUGACAGACGUUCUUCCUGUCAAGGGAGCGCUGCCGUUUUUCGCCACGCUGAUCAUCGUGUGCAUGGGCCUGAUGGGAAUGUUCCUCUUCAUCACCAUGGCCGUCAUCAACAUUCACGAGAAGGAGGGAAGCCUGUCUCCGGUGGCGAGGGUUAUUUUUCUCCGCUACAUGGCUAGGAUGCUACUUCUGGGAGAUCUCACACAGGAGAAGCAGACUAGCGAGGGUACCGGUUCCGGUGAGAAAACCCUGGCCACCCGCCCUGUCGCAGAGCUGACCAACAUCGCUAUCGACGACGAUGACAUUGCGGCAGGCGAUGGAGAAAGUACCGCUGAAAGGGGGAUCCAAGACCCCAAGCCUCCUACAGCUCCUGAGUUCACUGGAUCUACGAGCUCCCUUCGCCUGAUCUCCAGUGUGGAUGACCUGACCAAGGCGGUACAGAACGGGACGGAGGGGCUGGCAGAGGUAAAGAAGGAAGUAGAGGAGCUGGCCAAGGCGGUGAAGAACGAGGCGGUUGUGUCCGACUACACGCUGUUGGCUAAAGUCCUGGACAGGCUGUGUCUUGUCGUGUACAUCAUCAUCAUCACAGCGUCCAUUCCGAUCAUCAUGUACUGGGGCAAGUAA